AUGACAUUGGCGAUAAGGGAGGCGGAGGUGGCAUUAGCAUCUGAUGGCGAAAAGAAAUUAAUAGCGAAGACGCAAGAAGAAAAAAGACAGAAGUUCGCUAAAGAAAUGAAAUGCGCUGAAGGAAUGGGAAAUGUGGUUCGAAUGGCAAAGCAGAUGGCAAAAAAGAGACAUUGUGCAAAGGUAGAAGGUCCAGGGUGUAAAUUUGGCAAGGACGAAAAAAAAAGAGCAGUGAAAAAGAUGAAAAAAGGGAAGGCAUCGGGUCUAACGAUGGUGGUAUUAGAGAUAUUUAAAGGUUCUAAAGAUUUAGGGAUUGAAUGGUUAAUGAAUUUGGCCAAUCAAAUUGUCACAGAAGGAACUAUUCCCGAGGACUGGCGAAGAAGUAUAAUUAUCCCAAUAUACAAGGGAAAAGGUGAUCCUUUAGAUUCGGGGUCUUACAGAGCUACUCUCGGAACAUGCAAUGAAAGUAUUUGA